GAGACGAGGAAUGGAAGCCAUGGAGCUCAAAUGCCCAAUGCCUUGAACUCCGCAGCUGCAGCAGCUUCAAGUUUGGACUAUGGAGCGCCGCCGUCAACAGGCAAGUCUGUUGCGAGCGCCUUUGAGGUGCUUGGACUUCAAGCUCCACACCUUCGGCAGCCACAGGUGGACCAGGGCGAGCGCUUUAUCCAGGCCAUCACGGGCGAAAAGAAGAACAUACCAAGUUGGUCGGGUCAACCCAACACCAUGCGCUCGUGGCUCAAAUUGCUAGCGUACUGGGAAUCGGAGACCACGCUGGCCCGAGAUCGCUGGGGCCUGCGUCUCUACCAGAGCUUCCCUGAAGGCUCUCAGCCAAGGAAGAUAGCUGAUCAGGUUCCCAUGAACAGCGAGAAGGGAUAUGGCAUGAUACUCACGGCUUUGAUGGCCAAGUACAAGCCAUAUCUCGAGGUGGCCGGACCUACUUCGAUCGACAAGUUCUUCUACACGGGAAAGCGCGGAAAGACCGAGACCUUUGCCACUUAUGUGGCUGACAAGGAGGUCGCAAGGCAAGAAAUGGAGAGUCAUCUCCAGGAGCGGCUGUGCGAAAGAGUGGCCGGACGAGUUUUGCUGAGACAUGCAAAUCUGACCGAGUGGCAACGUGAGCUGAUGGCACUUCGAGAACAACACCAGCUCCUGUCCUUCGAUCAGAUUGCGGCACUUCUUCGACCUCUCGAUCGACCUGAGCUCUUGGCACAGGCAGCGGGCGCGGAACUUGGAGCACAGGCGGCGAAGCACUACCCCGUCAUCCACCCGGAAGACGAAGGCAACAACGACGUUGACGAAUACGACGAGGAAGAUGCCGAGGAAGAGGAGUCUUCGGAGAGUGAGUUUCACGAGGGUGAGAUGCUGUUCGAGGAUCGCGAGUACGAGGAGGAUGAAGCCCUCUACAUUCAGGCCUAUCACAGCGCCUAUGCAGAUGGGAGAAAGGACUUGAACACCCGCCGCAAGGAGCGGGGCUUCGUGAGACGCAAGGGCAGUGCCAAGGAAGGCGGACGCUCUGGCAAAGGCUCUGGCAAGAAGGGCCGCUCUUCACGGACCUCCAAUCCCGUACUCGAUGUUUUAACUAGAGACUGUCCGCUCAAGGGCUCCGGGAAGGGGGCCUCCAAGCCCAACACCAAGCAGGCCACGUUCGUCAUCUGCCGUGGCAAUGGCCAGCCCGCGUCUCACUACAUGACCUCCAUGCAGUUUGCCCGCUAUGACCAGGUUAUCUCGAUCUUUGCCGGGGUCCAGGUCUCAGGUGCCGAGGCGCUGGUGGACACGGCCGCUGAGGACGCCGUGGUUGGUGAGAGAGCUAUGGCAAAGCUGGAAACCGAGCUUCGACGACAUGGGCUGCAAGUUGUUUCAGUUCCUGCAAUUAAUGCCGUUCCAUGUGCGGGCAUUGGUGGCCAGGCCAGGAUUCAACGCAUUGUGGAUGCUCCUGUCGGUGUGGCCGGCAUCCACGGCUUGUUGCGCUUCACUGUCUUGGCUGACACGGACAAGUUCCAGACCCCGCCCUUGCUGCCCAUCUCCUUCUUGGAGGCCGUAGGCGCUAUCAUUGACCUCAGCAAUGAAACCCUCCGUACUCCUGAUGGUCACGAGACACGCAUGGGCGGUGAGGCGAGCACUGGCGAGGCAACUUCGACCUCGACUGCGGCUUCGACCUCUAUGGCAACCUCGGCUGCGGCUUCGACUUCUAUGUCAACCUCCGCCAUGCAGCACGGCGACGAAGACGCCGCACUUCAGCAGGACGAGAGCUUCGAGACGCUGGAGGAGAUGACUGCAUGGGCCACGCUGCGGGAGAAUGGCGUCGAAGAAGAAGCCCGUCGCCAGUCGGAAAGGCGUGAAUUCUCGACCGAGGCCAUGGAGAGGCUGCUAGAGAUGGUGUCCUUCCGCGGCAAGAACGGAAGAGAGGUCUUGGUGUCCAGACGCAAGGAUGCGGGAGCUGCAGCCUUUGGGCUUUAUGUGCAUGGCAAGAUGUGUGGAGUGACGACGAUCGCAGGAAAGUUUCCGAACUUUGUCAAGUACGUCAACCAGUGGUUCCGAGGCGGCCUUUGGCGUGAGAUUGACCCAGCCAAAGCGGCGCAGCUCGGAGAGAAGGAGGAGAACCAGGAGGACAAGAGUGCAAGGACACCUUCUAUGAGUGUGAAGAAGCGCGAGGCAGCCUGGAGGCGAAUGGUACAACACCUCCUGUGGAUGUUGGCCACGGCUCGGCGCCAGAUGGUGUCGGACUACCUGCUUACCCGCAAUGGACCAAAGGAAGAGCCAAUGACCUCCACCGGCGACUUCGACCCGGCGCAAGAAGAGCCCGAACAGACCCAUCGCUCAAGGGAUUGGAGAACCUCUUCCAAGGUCCACGAGUCACAAGACGUGGCAGUGCGAACCCAAAGAGUGCCCUCACGGACCGGAUCACCUUCGUUGCAGGGCGAACCGCAAGGCGUCGUGGUGGACCUGCCUCAAGUGCGGAAGCAGAUGGAGAAGGACCUGGGAAGGACAGAACGAAGAGCAUAUCCCAAGUUUCUUCCUGCACCUCGGGGCCGGCCGGAACAAGGACCUCGAGAAGUGGAGAUCGACACGAAGGGCAAGGCGGCGGUGAUCACACGUCGAACGGAGACCACGACGAAGACCUCGGAAUGGGAGAAGACCACGAGGAAGCCGGGCACGAAUACUGGACAAGUUGCUUCUUCGGCGGGCCAGUCAAGAGAUGGCCAACACGAUCAAGAGAGAGCUGCCGUCCGGCAUUCAUCCAGUCCGGCGGGCGAAGACACCGACCGGGAGACGAGCCGAGGCAGAGGUACACGACUUCGACGAGGUGAUGACGCCAAGUCCCGAAGGAAGGCGAGAGUGAUGAUUUCGGGAGAACAGCUGGAGAACCACAAGGCAGCGCCUCUCCGAGGACUUUGCAGUGAACUUCGGAGACGAGGCUGGUCGCUGUGCGCACUAAUGGUUCUGUUCUCGGUUACUGCCCAGCCUUUCUCAUGUGCCGACAAACUGUUCGGGAGUCCCGUCGGGAGUCCCGUAGAACAGGGCACAUGGGAUCAAGCCACGGAAACGUGGACCUUCUCCUGGAAGGAAUCUGCUUCGCAACAACCCUUGUGUACCAGUGCGGGCUCCUCUUCUAGCUGCCCGACUACCUGGAAUGCCACAUCGUCGUCCACUACGAGCCCUUCGAACGACGACGACCACGAGAAGGUGUACUGCUACGCCUUCUACAAGGAGGAUGCGUGUGUCAACUGGAUGGCCGAUUCCAGCGGCAAGUCGGAGCACAUUCCCAAGGCCGUGAACAAGGACAUUCAGCAAGCCCUGAUUAAGGGAGGAGUGGAUGUGAGCGAGGUGUACUCGCCUCCACGGCUGACAGAACGGGCUCAACGACAUGGACUUCGACCUGGAACGGCUAUGGACCUGGCAACUGGUUGGGGCUUUGCCGUUCCCCAACAGCGUCGAGAAGCACUACGCCUACUUCGUGAGCACCAGCCGGCACUCAUCACGUUGUGCCCGCCUUGUGGACCUUUUUCCACAACGAGACACCUCAGCAACCACAAGCGGGAUCCAGCGGUGGUGCAAGCCGAAGUUGAACAGGGACGAGUGCACUUACGUUUUGCGUUAAGUUUGGCCAAGAUGCAGCUUCGAGAAGGUCGUGGGUUUAUCUUCGAGCACCCACGAGGAGCUUCCAGUUGGCGCACAUCAGAGAUGGAGGAGGUCCUGCAACAUCCCGACGUCCUGCGGGUCGUGCUGGAUAUGUGUGCCUUUGGUCUUCGAGAUCCAAAUGGAUCGCUGCAUCUCAAGCCCACGGUCAUCAUCACUAAUGUGAAGGAGAUUGCGGAAGCCCUGGCGAAGAGAUGCGCUCACGACCAUUACCACACGCCCUUGAUGGGCGGACAGCUGACCGCUAACGCGGCCAAAUACACCUCGGCUUUUGUGGAUGCCAUACUCAAAGGCCUCCGGCGCCAUUUGCGGCGCCAACAUUUUCCAGUCUUUGGCAUUCCCGAUCAAUGGGAAUGGCGUGGCAACGACCUUGUUUGCCGACAUUUUGCACCGCGGCGGCAACCUAUCACGCCGCACGAGUGUCCGGUCUUCGACCUGACACAUGUCAAGUUCACCGGCAGCCGCUCCACUUCGAAGGAAUUUGUGGGCGGCUCCUCCAUUGUGGUUCAGGAUACCUGGACGACUACGAGACCUGGCGCUCCAGAUCGCCAGCUUUGGACAGGCACCACUCAUUUUGAGACAGUGCCUACAAUUUUGUUACCGCAACCCAUGGAAGACUAUGCUGACUGGCUCGCCAGGGCGGUUGCACAUGACAUGUACCAGUACCAGACCUCAGAAACAGCCUUCCAGGCCGAGUAUCGUCAGUUGUUUCCGUCGCGCAGAAUUUUGGAGGGACGUGGCCGUCGGCAAGUUCGCUUCGAGCAGGACGAGCCCGAGAACGACAACGGCGAGGACCUGGAUAGGUUUCUGGAUACGCUCGGAAACGCCGAGGAAGCACAUGAACAACUGCCUGACGAACGAGAUGAUGAGACGAUGGUCAGCCGGGAGCUUCGAGACGUACAAGUACGAGAACGAGACCCUCGCAGAGAUGAAGAUGAUGAUGUUGUGGAACCGCCUCCAGAGUUGAGACGGGAACUAUACCGCAUUCAUCGCAAUCUUGGUCAUCCUGAUGACCAAACCUUCUGCCGUGCACUCCGACAUUCUGGAGUCAAGAUGGAAAUCAUCAAGUGGGUGAAGAGAAGGUUUGAGUGCCCGAUCUGCCAGCGACGAAAAAGGCCAGGCACGCGCCGACCAGCACACCUUAGUCGGCAGCUUGAGUUCAACUCGGUGGUUGGCAUCGACCUGGUGUUUGUCCAGCGCUACGUCAUUGUGAACUGCUUGUGCUGGGGGACCGGAUACCAGCAGGCGAUGAUUGUGGACAACAAGGAGAGCCGCAACGUGGUACGUGCAGUGCUGGGAGGCUGGCAUAAGUUCUUUGGACCCCCUGCCAUGGUGGUAGUGGAUCAGGGAAAGGAGUUCGCCUCUCGAGAGUUCUCCGAAGCCAUCGGGGAAUGGGGGACUGUGGUACAUUUUAUUGAUGUACGCAGCCCCUGGCAGAACAGCCGGACCGAAAGAGCUGGCGCUUCCCUGAAGACGGUGCUUUCCAAGAUCCUGGACGAGCGGACUGCAUGCUCUUCCGAGGAGUUCGAGCUGGCGCUUGACGCCGCGGUCUGGUGUCGGAACCAGUACUACGACAGAUCCGGGUUUUCCCCCUUUCAAAGGGUCUUCGGCAAAAGUAUGAGGACUCCCUAUGCGUUGCUGUCAGACGAUGCCAUGGACCGUGACCUGGUGAACCACGUGCACUCCGACAACAUGAGACAGGUACAAGCCAUGCGAAACAAAGCAAUGCAGGCAUGGGCACAGUCCCAGGAUGAGAUGGCCAUCCAACGAGCUGUGUCGACACGUACUCGCGCCACGGACCUCAAGGAGCUGGCCAACGGCGACACCGUCUACGUGUGGCGACACACUGUCGACUACGUGGGCUGGGUUGGACCAGGCGUGGUGGUCAACCAAACCGACAAUGGUCGCUCACUGUGGAUGAGUUUGAGAGGCUACCUCAUCAAGGCUUCUCGUGAGCAAGUGCGGAACGCCACCAACGAAGAGAGCUUGGGCGCCGAGUUGGUGAAGGUCCUGUCUUCCGAGCUGCUGGAGAAGCUAGAGAGUGGAGAACUUCGAAACUACCGAGACAUCCGAAGUGAAGGUGGACCAGACGAACCUGACCUCAUGGAAAUAGAGGCUCCCAUCAAUGGCGGAGAUCAUCCAGAGGGGAAGAGCAUCCACCUCGAGAAGAAAACGUGGAGAUGA